CUUUCUUUUCGCAACGAAACACACAGCGUCUCCACGACAUGGCUGCAGCGGUGACGAUACAAUGAGAUUUACAACAUGUGUCAGGCUGUGGGUGUCCUUCUGAGCUGAAGCGUUGCUGGAAUAGAAAUGUGGAGCAGCUUUUGUGUGGACUGGCUUUGAGAGUAAAACACAGGCAGAGAAGCACAUCGGUUCUCCACUGGGGAGGACACACCCACUGUCCCAUGUCAGCCGUCUGCAGUCUUUUCCUACGGGGAGGGGAAAGUUAAUCUGAAAGGAUUAUCAAAGUAACGCAUGAAAACACGACAGAACGGCUCUUUCUGUUUCAAAAGUGUUCCUGUGUUCCUGUGUUCCUGUGUUCCUGUGUUCCUGUGUUCCUGUGUUCCUGUGUUCCUGUGUUCCUGUGUUCCUGUGUUCCUGUGUUCCUGUGUUCCUGUGUUCCUGUUUCAAGAACCCAGUCCAGUCUAAGUAAGUGUUUGAGUGUAGUUCAUGUCAAGUAUUGUUUCUAGUUUAGUGUUUAGUUAGUUUUUCAUCCCUGUUUACCCCUAUUAUUAUCUUGUCUUGUUUACACCCCCUCGUGGGUUUUUGUUUUGCGUGUUUUUUGUAAUAAAUAUAUCUUGUUUAACCCCUUCACGUCUGCCUGCGCUUGGGUUCUUCUUUCCUGCCACACACCCGUGACACAUGGGCUAAGUAAACGAUGGCAGAUUAUCAUUACAUGUAUUGUCAAGUUUAGGUUUAAAACAAGCUUAUUGACAGGAUUGUCAUUAGAAAAUGGCCGAGCCAACCGCAGAUGACUAUAGUAAGACGGCCAGCCAACAGGGUCUUUGCAUUCCAGAUAAAAAGUCUCCAAAGGACUCCUGCUGUUCCAAAUUAAAGAUUUUCAUCAUUGCUCUUUCCUUUGCCUACUUCUCCAAAACUCUGUGUGGAUCCUACUUGAAGAGUACCAUCACUCAGAUUGAGAGGAGAUUUGAUCUUGCCAGCUCUGUUGUUGGCCUUAUCGAUGGUGGUUUCGAGAUGGGUAAUUUGCUGUUUAUGGCCUUGGUCAGUCAUUUUGGGGCGGCACUGCAUAGACCUCGUCUUAUAGGGAUAGGUUGUUUCCUUAUGGCCAUUGGAUCAGCUCUAACUGGACUGCCACAUUUCUUCAUGGGGCGGUACAAAUAUGACACAGUACAAGGGUUUGCUAAUAAGUCAAGUAUAGCUUCUGGUCAAAAUCCCAUGGCUCUGAGUGAUUACUCAAAUGUACACAUCCCCUCUUCAGAUGACAUUGUAACAGAAUGUGUAAAGGAUCCGGGAUCAAGCAUGUGGAUCUAUGUGUUCUUGGGAAAUGCUCUCAGAGGAAUCGGAGAGUCACCAGUCACACCUCUCGGCAUCUCUUAUAUUGACGAUUUUGCCAAAGCAGAAAAUUCUGCAUUUUACAUUGCAUGUCUUCAGACUAUCACAUUGCUGGGUCCCAUAUUUGGGUUCCUUCUGGGCUCCUUUUGUGCUAGACUUUACGUGGAUAUUGGAUUUGUCAGUGUUGACACUGUGACCAUCACGUCAAAUGAUGCACGCUGGGUAGGUGCUUGGUGGCUUGGCUUCUUUGUGUCAACUGCCUUCUUACUGCUUGCUGGUAUCCCUUUCUGGUUCCUGCCUAGAUCUUUACCCAAACAAGGGGAAGAGGAGGGAAAAGAAAACUCUAACGUGGAUCAAAGCCACAACAUGGAUUCAAAGAAACUGGCCAGCAUUGCAAAAGGAUUCCUGCCUUCUCUGAAAAGGCUCCUGAGCACUCCCAUAUACAUUCUGUUGCUGUGUGAGAUUGUUCUGAAGUUCAACUCUUUCAGCGGCCUGUUCACCUUCAAAGCCAAAUAUAUGGAGCAACAGUUUGGUCAGUCUACAUCAAGAGCAAAUUUUCUUAUUGGUCAUCUCCUUCUGGUUGCUGAUUGGUCCCGAAAGUCGUCAAUCAUAAUUAACGGUGUGACGUCGAUCUAUCCGCUGCCAGUCAGACUUCCGCUGACGUAUAAAAGGAAAUGAAUGGAUGGCGGUUCUGUUCCUUUUGAACUGCCCUCGUCCCAGUCACUUGGUUUCGUUUCAGUUUAAUGUUGUUUUGUGACCUCUGUUUUAUUACUUUAAUGAUUUGGUCACUUCGUGUGUUAUGUUGUUCUUAUUGUUUAUAUGGAUGGCAUUCGUUCUUUGAACUAUGAUCUUACGCUACAUAAAGUCUACUCCAGGGGUCGGCAACCUUUUUGAAGUGCUGUGCCAUUUAUUUUUUUCAUGGCAACCACUGUGCCAUUUUAACAUCAACGUUUAGUAUUACAUGUAAUUGUACCACAAUAUUAUUAUUUUUUAGAUUGACACUAUUCGUAUACUUAUACUAUAUGGCUAUAAAACACAAAACAGAAAAAGAAACAUUUUGAAUAGACUAUCAUCUUUAUUUUUCAAUAAAACAAAAUUGCACAGAUUUCUUUAAAAAUUGAAACUGUUUAUACAAAACAUUUUGCUCCUUUGAAAGUAAGACAGCAAGAGUAUAAAACACAAAUAGUAUUGGAAUCCAGUUCUAAUGCUGCUUUUUCACAUGUGUUAUAGUUACCUUCUUUAUUUUUAAAAACACGUAUUUGCACAUAUUUCUUUAAUAACUGAAACUGUUACAUAUGUAUAUAAAACAUUUUUAUAGAACAAAAAGCAGAGCAGCAAGAGUUUGGAAAACAAAUAGUACUGGAAUCACGUUUUAAUGCUGCUUUUCAGUGUUAAGCCAAGGAAUACCAGCAUGGCCCAGUGUAGGCUAAUGCAAGAUUAAACAGAUGUACAGUACUUAUAAAUACCAGUUAGUGUGAGCCCUGGUCCUGUUUUCCUUUGCUGAGCUCUGUUAUCUUGGGAGCGUAGUGCGUCACCUUAAGUUUCACGCAUGCUUCGGAAUGAUCAACAGUCAAGCGAUUGCGAGAGGGACAAAGCACAUUGUUCAUGUGUGAAAAUAUUUGCUCGCAGAGGUAUGUCGAUCCGAAAACCGUCAGCAAACCCAAAGCAACUCUUUUGAGACAGCAGAAUUUUUCUGGCAAUGAUGCCCAGCAUGUAAAAAUGCAAGAUCCCUGAUUGUUCACUGCUGUGGUUUCCAACUCCUUGCGGAGUUCUGCAAAUUUUGUCACCCAGAGUGCUGAACUCUUGAGCUCAAUUAGCUGCAUUUCCAUGUCCUGUGUAUCCAUCCACUCUAUCAGAGAUGCAUCGAAUUCGUGUCCAUCGAAGCUCGCAGGCUUAAUCAAAAAAGGGAACAUUGGUCCAUAUUUCCGAAAGUCCCCAAAACGUGUUGUGAACUCCAAUUCGAGUUCGGACAUGUAUUUGGAUAUCUCACUCGUGUUAACGCUGCACUGCGCGGACAGCUCCCGUACAUGUUUGAAAUAUCGGAAUGUGGAGGUAGCGAUAUCCCUUGAGAAAACUGCCAGCUUGUCAAUAAACGCAGCCCAUGUUUCGAACAUGUUCAAAAUGGUGUGUUCUGCACCUUGGAGUCGGAGAUUUAGCUCGUUCAAGUGGCCUGUGAUAUCAGUGAGAAACAUGACUUUCAAAACCCACGUCUCAUCUUCGAGUUCAGUGUAGACUUGGUCUUUUUCAGCUAGGAAGGCUUUAAUACUGUCAAAGCAGCCAACAAAUCUCUCCAGAACUUUACCACAGCUUAACCAUCUAACCGCCGAGUGGAGAGGGAUAUCUUUGUACGUGCAGUCCAUUUCCUCGAGAAGGGACUGGAACUGUCGGUGUGUGAGGGAAGAUCGCUUAACUAUGAAAUUAACGAUCUUUACAACCGUAGCCAUAACGCUAUUAAGAUCUGAAUUUGACAUUUUUGCACACAGGUUCUCUUGGUGUAUUAUGCAGUGUAAUUUCAUAAUGGGGUGACCCACUUUUUCCUCAAUUAAUUUGACAGCUCCUUUCUGUUUGCCAACCAUGGCAGGGGCUCCAUCUGUUGUAAUUGCAAAAAUUCUUCCGAUGUCAACCCCUCGCUCCUCAAAGUGCUCAAAAAAUGCCUUGGCAAUGUCUUCCCCUUUUGUUGUGUCAGUCAUUGAUUUUAAGCAACAGAGUUCCUCUCUUACAUUCGAAUCACAAUAUUUUGCCAUGAUUGCCAAACGUGGUAUGUCAUUUAUGUCCACACUCUCAUCCAGCGCAACACUAAACACCAUUGCAUCCUUCAGCCCAGCUGUUUGCUGCUCAUUGACACUUUCUGCCAUUUCUUCUAUGCGUCUCUGAACAGUUCUGGCUGACAUGGGAAUAUCUUUGAUUCUCGAUAUAAUAGUCUCUUUGUUAGGUAACCCAUCAAACAAGACCUCGGCGCUAGAGAGGAAAGCAUCCUUAAUGUACUCCCCGUCAGUGAAUGGCUUUCC